AUUCAAUGCGAAAAGAAAAUCUGUUGGUACAAUGGCUUCAAGUAUCAGGAACAGCAAGCGUGUAUCUUUUGGUCCAAGUCUUAGCCCUGAGCAUUUUGACCAGUAUCUUCCUCCUAAAACUCCUGUGAAGAAAGGAGCAUCCCCAUCUAGGUUAAAUCAAGGGCGAAAAUCAUUGCUUAAACAUAAUUCACCAAAGCGAAUUACGCCACGCAAAUCCACUUCGCCAAGAAGAUUGUCAACAGAUGUCAACCUAAGCGCUCCUAAAGCAAACUCGGUUUCAAAGCAGCCAAUGACUCCAAUAGGUAUUACUGAGAAAAGAAGCCCUUCAACAAAAGCCAGUCCUCCAAGUACUCAUGUUGAGAAAAAUCUUAAUUCUCCCUCGUUACAGAGUGAUAAGUCGCAACACACAUCACCAGUUAACCUAAAGUCUGAAACUUCAACUCUUCAGUCUCCUGGAUCUAAGUCAGCAUCUCCCACUUCUAUUGCUAAAUCAGUUUUACAGACAGCCAAUUUAACACCUUUGUCACCUAAGAAAGGAAAAGAUACCUCCAGCUUCACUCCAAGAAGUUCAAAGAAAAAGUUAGCUUCAGAUUCUUCAAUUAAUGAUUCAAUAUUUUCCUCCCAGGACCUCUUUUCUCAGAUGACCCCAGUAACUCAUAAGGGUUCUCAAGUCGUUGAACAAAGCGCAUAUUCUGAGGUCAAGAUGAUUAUGAAGCCUGGAAGAGCAAGAAGUGAUGGGCAAAAUGAUGAGUGGCUUAGUGGAAGAGCCAAAAUUAAAAAGCUUGGUAUGGACAGAGCCAAAUCAUUAGGGGCAAGCCCACCUGCUCACAUUGAUAUGGACAGCCAUGUUAAAAUUAAUGCAUUGAGCCCAUAUGGGGGUAAAUUAUUUAAAAAGACACCUAUUGUCAAAAGAUUGGGUAGGCCUAGGAAGGUAUCCGAUGAAAGCCAGCAUGGCAAGACUGCUGGUAAACAGCCUUCUGAAGUUUCACUUGUUGGAAUUCGAGAACUUGUGAAAACACCAAAAUCACAAGUUGCUGAUAUCAGUUUGUCGGGGAUAUCAUCUUUAUUUAAAUCAGGAAAUCGUUCAACACCAAAUGUGAGAAAUAUAUCUGCCACCCCUGGCCCUCUUAAUCAAAGCAAAGUUAUUGAUACUCCGAGACCAGUCUUUUCAGCAAAAAGAAAUCGUCCUCCUAAAAUGUUUUUUGAUGAAUUAGUUUCACCUCCUAAAAGUAAAUCUAAGACACCAAAAUCAACGCCCACUAGCCAGAGAAAAUCACAGCUUGUUGCUCAAGUCAGCAGUCCUGCAAAGAUCGCAACACCACCACAGGAUUUCAAUAAAGUUGUUGCUCUCAGGGCCAUUCAUGGCCAUGCCGUUACUCCAAAACUAACAUUUGGAAAAAGAGGAGCUACCCCCAAGAACACUCCUAAGUCAACCAAGAAAUUUGGCUCUAUCAAGAAGUCCCAGGUUGUCAAGACCUGGUCUGAUGUUGUGAAAUUAGGUGUGCCAGUUUUUAAACCAGCCAUAACAUCUACAUCAGUCAAGACUUCUUUGAUAAAAAAGACAUUGCAAGUCAAAAAGGUAAUUUUUGUUUAAUAUUAAACUGCACCAUUUUAAAAUUAUUGUUAAAAAUUGUUACUUUUAAAAAAAAAGGAUGGUUCUUAAACUAUUUCAUACCAUCAUCGCUUGAACAGAAUAAUCAAAUCCUGAGCUGGGCUUCCCCCAACCUCUCUCUUUUUGCCACUGUACCACACUCAGAGCAUUAUUCAAGUUAAUUUGACUCAAAAUAAUUUCCUAGAUAACAAAUGUCACCAUAUAAAUUUAAUUCCCUGUUCAUUCAUGGCGAAAAAUUUCUGUUUUGUCUUUUUUGCCGACAUUGAUUUCAAAAGAAAUAGUCUUGUUUCAAAAACUCACAUUAACCCUUUACAGUCCGAUGCGCCCGAAAUGCGCCGAUUUUUUCCUUAAGCGUACAGUCCGAUGCGGCCAAACCCGCCCGUUACGACUCAUUACGAGGUUGUUUACUUUCGUUCUUAGCACAGCGGAAAUCCAUUGCGCAUUACUAUUUAUAGUUCUACCGGAAGAAAGCCUCGUUGUCGGCAUUUAUUUUGAUACUGGUUUGACCGCGGUGUGCUUAGGGGCUGAUUUUCUGUGAUUUUUUUUAAAAGUCGCGAUUUUUUCGCUGUAAAAAUUGGCUAUCUAAGCCUUGGAUACACUUUUGAAAGAACUUAGGCCUAAUGAAGCUACACUAUUUCAUGAGUGGGAGGGUCUCUGAAACUAUUUUUAGGUUUAACUUUUGAUUUAAUCAUUUCUUUGUAUUUAGGUAUUUUUUAUUUUAUUUUUGUUGCUUGUAGUUUAUUUUCUGUAAAUUAAUUAGAUAAAGAACCUUCAUUUAAAAUGGAGUUAUGUCCCUUUGCUUGGGCGCUGGGAGUAGACAAGGCUGAAUAGGUUUGGACUGUAAAGGGUUAACAAUUUUAUUGCCUUAGUAGGUGAUCCAUAACUAAAUAUUUGUAAAAUUCAACCUAUGUAAGAAAAUUGUCUGCUGCUGAUAUCUAUUACUGCUAAUCCCUGGGCAUCUUUAAACAUUUUUUAACAAGUAUUUUAUUUAUUGUAACAGACAUUAAACUUCACCAUUUUAACUGACCUUGAUAAUUAUUAGCUACCCUGAUAUAUUAUUCAGGGACAAAAGAUCAGCUGUACCCUUUUUUCCAUAUUUUUUACAUAUAUUACUUAUAUUUGCUAUAAAGACGGUGAGCAAAUUGCAAGAUAUAUAAUUAGCCUUGAUAUGUAAAUAGGCAUUGUGUUUUGUUAAUGUUGAAACCUAUUAUGAAAACAAUUACAAUUAUAGAGCCAGUAUUUGGGCUACAUUAGGGAAAGUAAUUGUUUUAUGAUUGAUAAAAGAAAAAUAUAAAAAAAAACUUUCAUCUAAACUUUGGCAUCCCUCUUCUGGAGCCAUGAAAUGCACUACAAGUUACAAGUCAUGAGAUGCUACACCGCUGAUGUAUGUGCCAACUGGAAGAUAAAGUCAAAUUAAUCCUCCACAAUCCAAGUCUGUGUUUGAUGGAGAAUCUGUGUAUUUCUCAUGACAUAAUCUUUCUGCUUAAGAAAUUAAUACUAGUGAUGGGACCAUUAAUUGAAAUGGUAUCGGAAUAAUCGAAAUAUCUGGAUUUUUCCAAAGCAUCGGGAACCGGUAUCGGAGCUGAAUAAUUCAGACCCGAUUGCGAUACCAAAACGAUGAUUAAGCCGGUGAAAGCUCAAAGUUUGUUUCGCAUUAUAAUAUUCUUUAUUUUGAUCCGAAUAGCAUAUUGUAAAGCUUCAAUAGCAAGUUAAUAAUCUUUUCUAAUCAAUUCCAACUUUUAUAUUAAUUACAUAUGUUAAUACCUCGGCACAGUAAUACAUAUAUGUAAUAAUAGCCAGGAAUCGUAUCGGGAUAAUUGGGUGGAAUCGUUAAAAAUGUUGGUAUCGUCCCAUCACUAAUUAAUACUGACUGCAAAGAGAUACAAUAAAACGCACCAAAAAAAAAAAUAAUUGGUAUUUAUUAUGUUAUAUAUAGCUCUUGCAGUUGCAGUCUUCAAAAAUACUGAAUUUUUUUUAAUGUUUGUACACCAUCGGUUGAUAUCCCUAUGAAAAACAAAACCUAUCCACUAUUUGGGGGAGGAAUAAGAGUCACAAUAAAAAAUCCAAAAUUGCAUCCAGAGACCUAUUGUGUCGAAUAUCUAAGUUGGUGAAAAAAUAAUAUCAGGACACCAAUUUUCUGUCAGAUCGUACUUGUUUUGGGCUUCAUAUUUUUAUCAAGAUUUUUUUUCAAAAUGAUAUCUUAAGUUUACAUGUAAGACAAACAUAACUAAAUAUUUGAGUUUUGUAUCUUUUUAUAUGGAUUAAUUGCAAAAUGAUUACAAAAGUAUUCCUUUGAUUUCAGCAAAGUGGUAGGACCCCUAAGACUCCACGAGCUUUAGCAAGAGCACUUGCACCAACAACUGGACAUGCUGAAUCCCCAGCCACUAUUAUAGUUGGCAAGAAGGCCAUGGGGAGAGGUAGACCUAAGACUCCUAAACCAUUACCACGAAGAGGGAGAAAAGAGUCAAUGGUAAGUGGAAUCACUUAAGUUUUGAUUAACAAAAGUUUUUUUGUUUUUUUUUAAACUGCCAUUUACAUAAAAAUGUCUGUCCACUCAUGCAUAAACUUCUUUUGAUUAGCCCAAGAAAUGGGUCAUAACUCUAUUAUUUUUAAAAAUUGUGUUAAGGAAAAGUAGUUGUUCAAAUUUUUUAUUUCAUCUAUGAAAAAUUUAUUUAUAGAAUAGCCUUUUAAUUAUAAUAAUUUGAUGUUGAAUAACUGUAUAGUUCACUGCCAUCACCAUGGUCACUGUAGCCUGAGGCUAAUACUAUCAAUUACAGAUGAACUACUGCUAAUUUUUAUUUCUCAUUCAUGGUUAUCUUAAACCUCUAGGGUCAUUGUCGUUACUAUCUUUGAUAUAUUCUACAUUAUUUUGUUGGACAUCAUUCUGUCGAUUAUGGCGUACAAUGUACGAUUUUUAGGUGUAUAGAUUGUAUAUACUGAAUGCUAUUUUUUUUACUAUAAGUAUAACGUAUUAAACGAUUUUGUGAUGAUAUUGUACGAUUUUAAGAGUUUGGGGGUAAACAGGUCUGAUAUCUUCAUCAUCUAAGCUUGCCAAUAAAUGUGUCGUUUGGGGGUUUAUUAUUAUUUUAUUACUAUUUGUGGUGGUUGUAUAUAGCGCAGUACCCCAACCGAGGGUGGGCUCACCACGCUGUACAUACAAUUUAAAAAACAUAAUCAUGAACUUAAAACUUAACAUACCUACAUUAAUUAAAUAAAAGAAAACAAAUUUAUAUUCGCUCCACACAUUCAAGAACUAUGUACAUGUCAAGCCAUGGACGGCUACCCAGCAGCAUCGUUUAUCGAUAUUAUAAGUCAGGAUAGUUUAGUUAGUUUGUUGCUGCCCAGAGCCAGCCUCUUAGAACUUAGUUUCAUAAGAAAUAGGUUAAUUCAAAGACUAUUUACUGGGGAUUGUUGUCAACUUUUUAAGUAAUACUUUGUGAUUGUUCAUUAACGUUAUAGAGUUCUAUAUAUAUUUCAUUGUCAUACUCUGAGCAUUGAUUACUAAUUCUGUCUGUUUUUUGCUUACAGAGUAAAAUAUCAAGAACAUCCACUGGUGAUACAAGCUUCACUGGUCUAGUUGAUCUGUUUGCCUCUCCUCCAUUAGACAAGAAUCCAAAUGAGAGUGCUUUAUAUGCUGAAAUUCCAGACACACCCAAUGGACCCGAUGAGAUGUUUGUUUCACCACUGUCAUUACCAAAGAAUGCACAUCUAAGGAGAAGUGUCAAUCUUAGUGGUAUACGUGAGCUGUUCUCACAGAAACAGAGUCACUCUAAUUUAAAUUUAGUGGGAAUAAAAGAGCUUAUGAAGACACCAAAGAGCAAUGGAGCUGUAAUAAGUCCAACUGGUUUGAAAAGAAUAUUGAAAACCCCCAAGAAUGUUUCAGUUACGCCAACUGAUCUCAAACAUUUGUUUGAAAGAAAUAAGGUACUUUUAAUUAGGGGUGUGCCGGACCCCGGUCCGGAAUCCGGUUCCGCCGGAUUUUGCACUAUCCGGUGAAAUCCGGUUCCGCCGGAUUUACAUGUAUCCGGAACAACCGGAUUCCGGAUUUCGGAAUUUGCCAGAUUUUGUGACUCACCGGAUCAUAAUCUGAAAUAAAAGUAAUUCUCUUUCCCGAAUUUCACACGAUCACGAUACAUUAAUCGAUUGUUUCGAGCGUUGAGCUUGUUUAAUGUUUAAUAUUCCGUACAUACCAGAGGCUAGAGUCAGCACCGCUAAUAGUGGCCAAUAGUGUAGGGACUUUGAUAAGAAAAUUUAAACUUUUUGUAAAAAUAAACCAAUGGCAUAGUUGAAAAGAUGUAAUUUUUUAAAGAAUUAUAACACCAAAAUCAUAUUUUUAGCUGUUGUAGUUUUAAAGUUAUGAAUUUUUAAAGUACGACUUGGUUUGUCAUUUUUUAACAUGGACUGCAUCUCCACAUUCUGUGAUCUCAUUCCACCAAUCCCGUCAUGCGCAAUGACUAUAUAGUUUAUAUAAGGCAACGCAUUCCCUGCCUUAUCACUAAAAUACUGUUUAGACUUAGUUUAAACUUUCAACUUUGGCACAUGAAUAAUUAAUUAAAGCUUUCCCUGACCAAUGGUUUAAUAGUUUUUGCACACGGCAAACUCUUAUGAAUGAAACUCUGAGGUAGUACUACGAUACAGUUAUGCAAGUGGCUGUGAAUGGUUGCCAAUGACAACGUGUUGCACACGGUAAAUUCUGAUCAUUUAUAAUAUGGAUUCUACCGGGUUGUUAAAGCUCAAAUUAAAACAUUCCAGUUUAAAUGUCUUUAAAUGCAUUCUGAAACACAAGUUAUCAAUUAUUUUGAUGUAAAUAGUGAUAAUAAAUUAAUAUUUCCUAAGUAUCGUCAACUUCCGCCAUUAAAAAGGGGGGCGUGGCCAACCCCAUGGCGAAAUUAGGUUGAGCGAGCUGCAUAACCUGCUGCGAACGCGUAGAAACAUGGCGUCUCUCGUAAGACACUUAUCCAAAUGGAACGGAACUCAAAUAUAUAUCGAAAGUACUAAUUUAAUAAUAAAUAGACACACACAUCGGAAAAUUAAAAACUCGGAUUUUUUGGCGCCGAUUGCGAAUUCCCAUACACAAAAAGUAGUAGUCCACCUUGACUUACCGAAGUAUCUACCAAUAGUACCAAAAUCCGGAAUCCGGGAGAAACCGGAAUCCGGAUCCGGCGGAUUUCGCAUAAGAAAAUCCGGAUCCGGAUCCGGUUGGAAAAAACGGAUCCGGCACACCCCUACUUUUAAUUCUUUUAAUUAUAAUGAUACCGGGUAAGGUAGUUAUGAAGGGGUUAUCUUAAAGGACAUAAUUUACCUGUUACGUCAUUAUGUUCCUUUAACAAAAUUAGAAAUUGAUACUGUUAACUAGAUAUUUAAAAGAUUUCUUGCUGUAGGCUUGUUUCCUAUCUUGUAAGUGCUGUGUUCUUAAUAUUUUUUUUUUUCCCCUUUCUUUUUUAAUGCACAGACAAAAACACCAGCCAAGCGUGGCAGGCCUUCAUUGGGAUCAAAGUGAGUUUUUCAUUAUACAAAUUUGUGAAGCAAUAUUCUGUCUUCAUUACUUCAUGGCUGCAAAUUGUGUCCAUUUUUCUUUAGUUUUAUCUUGAAUUGGAGGGGAAUUAUUAUUUGUACAAAUAUAGCAAUAAGAAUUCUAUUCUUGACCUCAACACUCAGAUUUUAGAUAUUAAUUUUUAAGUUAAAGACAAAUGUUUCCCUUCUGGGGAAGUAAACAUGAACGAAAUUGCAGCCUUGGGUUUUAUGGAAUUUGACGUCUUCUGUUCCUAUUAAGAAUAUGGAUGAUUUGUUGUGGGUAUAAUUAUUUAUUGCCCUUUAGAUAAAAUGUCGCACACAAUUUUUAUUGCAGGGCAAGCGAAAUUCUUUCUCCCAAAGGAAAGACAACCCCAUUGGUCAAAGAAAUAGGUGGGUUGCUAUUGGUGCUUCAAUGCUGAGUUAACUUUAUGGUUGCACCGAUAAGAUUGAGAAAUAAAAAAAUUGUGGAAAUUUAAAAUUAUUAUUUCACAGAAUACAAAUUCAAACGAUUCGUCUAAUGCCUUCAUCAGUACGAGAAAAAGCAAAUACUUUUAAAUUGACAUAAGAUAUUAUAUGUGUAUCCUGCCUAUGCCUAAGUAAUCAAAGAAAAUAAUAACAUGAUUCCAAUACAUUCCCAAAAAUUUUCUUAGCCCAUAUUAAUUAUUAAAAUAACUCCUCGUUCAAGGAUUACAACUCCUGACCUGGGCAGAGUUAACCUCUGCUGACCACUAUAUAAAGCAGACUCUUACUUUAUAACAUAUAUAGCAUCCUUCACUUGAAGAACUAUUUAAAGAAAAAUGCUGUUGUAAGAAUCCAUUUUUAGUGUGUGGCUAAAAUAUGGCAGUGUUGAGCCUAUCUCUUAGAGCAGGUGCUGAUUUUAAGGCAAUAAUUGAGGGACAUAGCAGUGCCAUAUAAAAGUGGUUGUCGUACACAUCAGAAGAAGAAAUAAAAAAUAUUUUAUUUACUAUCACUACUAUCAGUUGAAUGAAUUAUAAAAAUAAGAAAAAAAAUAUUCUCAUGUGGCAAAACAGGCACCACCCCCCACCACCCUCUCUCUCUCUCUCUCUUAAUGAAUUUUUUUUUUAAUGCAUUGCCCCCUCUGUAUAAAAUCUUUGCAAGAUGAGGUUUAAAGAGUUUAAUUAUUCAUGAAAUAAUUUUGUAAAUAGUGAAAACAAAACAAUACCGAGUAUUCUUUUCUUGUUAUAAAAUGUCAAGGAAUUUUUUUGUUUAACAAUACAGAAGCAGUUAGUUCACCUGCACCUCUAAAUGAUUCGACUAUUAGAAGAUCUAUUCCAAUUAAGGAGCAAGCUGUAAUAAAUAUAGCACGUGAGUCAUAUAUGAAACAAACAUAUAGUCUGAAUAUUAUUCCUAUAAAUACGAUGGUCUUUAAUCAGUGAGCUAAGCACCAAAUAGUUAUUUUAAAAAUGGUGGCUCUUCAAUUGCACUGUUAACAUAUUCUACGUUAGGGGACAUGAUAUUUUCAUAAGCAAAUGGACAUUUAAGAAUUUUUAUAUUAUAUUUUCACAUCUAGGUGGACUAAAGCGUAAGGCAGAUCUCAGAGAUGAGCCCGCUACCAAAAGGGCUAAAUUUAGCAGCACUCCGCUCAAAGCUCGGGCAUCUCCUGUAGAUGCUGCUUCCACCCCAAAGAGAUUAAAGAGUGAAACACAUACUGUUGAAAGUACUGUUCAUGAAACGUCUGUUGCAGCACAAAUAGAGGUGACAAAGAAAGAAAGAGGAAAUGCAUCACCCCCUCAGACAAAGUCAUCAGUUGCUGAGACCAGUGAACCUCCAUUGCCUGCCAAAUCUGCCAGUCCUGCUGUUAGACAAGAAAGAUCCAGAAAAAAAGUUGAAUUCAAUGUCACUGAAAGCUUUGAGGAAUCUGGUUUAAAUAAUAAAAGAGUCAGAGGUAAGCUUGUUACAGCUUCCAAAAAGUCACUUGCAGCCAGUCCUGUCAAAAGAAAACGAGGGCGACAAUCCCUAGCAGCUGCAAAUUCUGUGCCGGAAAUCGAUGCCACUGUGGUAAAUACAACCAAGAGAGGGAAGGCUGAUAAAGAAUUGUCAAUUGUGAAAAGUCCUGUCGCCAAAACAAAGCGCUGUCGACCAUCCUUAGAAGUUGCAUCUUCUGAGCCGGAAAUCGAUGCCACUGAGGUAAAUAAAACCACGAGAGGGAAGGCUGAUAACAAAGAAUUGUCAAUUUUGAAAAGUCCUGUCGCCAAAAGAAAGCGAGGUCGGCCAUCCUUAGAAGUUGCUACUUCUGCGCCAAAAAUUGAUGCUACUGUGGUAAAUAAAACCACGAGAGGGAAGGCUGAUAACAAAGCAUUGUCAGUUGUGAAAAGUCCUGUCAACAAAAGAAAGCGGGGUCGACCAUCCCUAGAAGAUACAACUUCUGCCUCAGAAACCAAUGCUACUGUAGUAAAUAAAACCAAAAGAGGCAAGGUGGAUGGCAAAGAAUCGUCUAUGUCCAAAAGAUCUGCCACCAUAAGAGAACAGGGUAAAUCUGCUCAACUGUCACUACCUGAACCAGAAUUUGAUAAAGUUGAAGAAGUUAACAUGGCCUUCACCAAAAGUGCAAAUUUAGAAUCUCCUAAAGCAGUUCAAUAUGUUGCAAGAAAUAAACGUGCUAAACGAGGCCAGAUUGUUACAUCUGAGCCAGUAGAUGCUACAGUUGGAGGUGCUGUAGACACUCACAAGGCUGCUAACUUAGUAUCACCCAAAGCAGAAAGAUCUGUUGUCAAAAGGGGUCGAGGUAAAGCUGCAGAAUUGACAAUUUCCACCAUCAUAGCUCCCGAGCAAGAAGUUGAUUAUAGCGUGGUAACUAAGAGUACUAGGGGCAGAGCAACAAAAGCUGAAAAACCUGUUGCACCUCCUAAGCAAGAGGUUCCUUCUGCCAUGGUAACUAAAACUGCCAGAGGCAAAGCUGAUUGUGUAAUACUGCCAGAUAUGAACGUUGCUAAAAAUCAAAGAGGGCGAGGUAAAAGUGCUAAUCUGCCAGAUUCAUAUGUCUCUGCUGUCAAGUUAGAAAAUGUGUUAUCUCCAAAAGCUGAAAAACUUGUUAACAAAAGAAAGAGAGGUGAACCAUCCCUAGUUGUUCCACUGCCUGAAUCAGAAGUUGAUGCAGCUGUGGUAACUAAAACUACCAGAGGCAAAGCAUCAAAAGCUGUCGAACCUGUUGCCAAGAGAAAGCCAGGUAGGCCAUCACUGGUUAUUCCACUGCCUGAAUCAGAUGUUGAUGCAGCUGUGGUAACUAAAACUACCAGAGGCAAAGCAUCAAAAGCAGGCGAACCCGUUACCAAGAGAAAGCCAGGUAGGCCAUCCCUAGUUAUUCCACUGCCUGAAUCAGAAGUUGAUGCAGCUGUGGUAACUAAAACUACCAGAGGCAAAGCAUCAAAAGCAGCCGAACCCGUUGCCAAGAGAAAGCCAGGUAGGCCAUCCCUGGUUAUUCCACUGCCUGAAUCAGAAGUUGAUGCACCUGUGGUAACUAAAACUACCAGAGGCAAAGCAUCAAAAGCAGUCGAACCGGUUGCUAAGAGAAAGGUAGGUAGGCCAUCCUUAGUUGUAACUAAAACUACCAGAGGCAAAGCAUCAAAAGCAGCCGAACCUGUUGCCAAGAGAAAGCCAGGUAGGCCAUCUAUAACAGGUCUAGAGUCCAAUGUUUUAAUAUCUCCAAAGGCAGCAAGUCCUGUUGCCAAAAGAAGACGGGGCAAAGUUACAGAAUUGUCACCAAAAGUUACACCACGGGCAAAAAGGGGACAGGCUAAAGGAAAAUCUCCUGUUGCUAAACAAAAAUCUCCUGUUGCUAAACAAAGCAGUGUAAAAGUGUUACCUCAGAUACAAUCAAAUGAGCAAGGCAAUCAAGCUCAAGAGCAGAAAGUAUCAAAGUCUAAAGCCACUGUCCAGAAACAAUCAAAGUCUAAAGCUAAGAUUGCUUCUCCAAAAGCUACUAUGGCGACAAGAACCAGGCGGCGAUAAGUUGCUUUUAAAAAACUGUUUCAUUAAUUAAAUUAUAAUUUUCCAACGGCGUCAUCUUUGGAACAUUCCUCUGAUUUUUGCUGUUUAAGGGAAUAAACUCUUGGAUUCUUUUUCCAUAUUUUUAGAAUGUCAUUUGAAUGUACAGGUUGAAAAGUUUCUAAUUGUUUUGUUUAUGCUGUUAGGUUUUCCAAUGAAGUUAUGCUCUAUCUAUCAGUCCAAAGUGCCUUAGCUACAGAUAUGUGCUGCCAAGUAAUGUAGCUCUUGUUUCUGCAGCUUUUUAUAUUCAUAUAAAAUAUUUGUCAAUAUUUAUUAGUAUUAGCCACUGCAGCACAUUUUGAGAGUAAGCACCCACUCAGCUUUGACUGCAAUGGAAGCUCCUUUGGCCAUCUCAUUAUUAGUGUUACUAUAAACUAAUUGCAAGGGG